AAUUCAUUUCAGUCCAGUUCUUCGAACAAGUGACCAAUGCGUACGACGCUCACCUUUGUUCUACUGCUGCUACGGGACGUCAGCUGGACGGCGGCGAAGAGAAAGUACAAUUAUAAGAUGGCUCCUGUCGUAAACAGAGCCGAUUAUGUGCGGGCCUCACGCUUUCGGCAGAUACGAACCAUCGAUUAUGUAUGUGACAUAGAAUGGUCGUACCUCACUCUGGACUGUCACUGCUCGGAUGGGCAUUGCAAGAGGAUGGUAUACCGAUCUAAUCCACGACUUGAGUGCGUCAGUCAACGUGGGUACGGCGAUAUCCGCGCUAGGAAAGACUCAAUCCAUUGCCGCUUCACAAUUUAUGAAACUUCGCUGCAACCCUUUGAUUUGCUGUACACCUUCGGCGACAUUAUGGGUCUACCUAAAACACCAGACUACAAGAUCGUUCCUUUCGAAUCGUUGCUCGGAAAUCGUUGGAAGGACAAUGAUGUUGGCUUGGAAUAUCGCUACUACAUUGCCAGUACAACGUUUUUCGUGCCAGGCACAUACUACGCGCUAUUUGCGCUGCGCAACAGGUCCUCUUACACCACGGAUAUCGCCCUCGGACUGAAGUAUCUCAACGUCAGAAGCUACGUUGUGACCAACGCAAGGACACCGUGCGAGCCCCGCCUUCGAGUGAAAGGUCUUGGACGCUGCGGCCUUCCAGAAGUACUGGAAGAUGGCCGCCUGAGGCUAGAGCUUAAAGUCUCGCCGAGGUCGACAAAACGUGCGACCAGGUUCUGACUUCCUUCUCGAGGUUGCAAUGGCUUACAAUGACAACGUCGUCCGUAGUUCUUUGUACCGGAGAAUAUCCUGCCAAGGACGACCCUAUAGGCGCUGGUGUGGGCGGUUGCUAUUACGGGAAAUGUAAUAUCACCUACGACUUCGACGUAGAUCGGCACUGCGUCCACGACAAGGAACCUGUCAAGAUGAUCAUUCGUCAAAUGUGGCGCAGAAAGUCAUCAACCGUAGAAGUUGUCUACGUGGGAUAUGUUCGCACAACAUCGGAGCAUCUGCUGGUUCGCAUCGCGGGCUUGCCUCUGACUCCCCUCUCCGACGCGAAACGCUCGUGCUAGAUGGAUCAGCGUCUGUAAAUCCACAGUGGCCAGAGGAAGACCUGAGUUACAGCUGGUCCUGCUGGCAGUGCCCUCUAGGGAAUCCGCUGGCGAUUGCGUUCGGCACUGUUGACCACGCGAAGUCAAUUGUGAGGGUCACUGAUAAACUCAACUAUACAGAUGUUGCAGAGGUACUCGAGUUUCGGCU